AGUUAGUCGCGUGACAAACGGGUUCAGAACAGCGUUUUACGAUCCACUUAGCUCUAACACUUAAUGUGUGGCUGCAGUAAGUGGACUCAGAAAUUUUUAUGCAUCCUACUGGAUUUACAAAUACUGGGAUUAUUGCAACAGUUACUUUUGUUAUUACUAACGAAAAAUGGCAAGCAAUACCACACAAAGUACUGAAAACACGUGCACGAAUUCAGAUGGGAAUAAUCAUCAGGCUACGAAUCAGAACCAUAAUAGUACAAAGAUCGUUUUUAUGAGUUUCCCUCCUUCUGACAUUAUUAAACAGACUAUUACUCCUCCAAUCAGUUCAACUAAUGGUACACCAACUGUUCGACAUCCUCUUCACAAAUCGACCACUGUGGACUCAUCUGAUUCUCUCGAAACAUCUAAAGUUAUGGAGGAUAACUGCAGAGUGUUGGAAACAUUUCCAAAACCCAACUGUACAAACCAAACAUUAACCGCUACAAUGUGUUCAACUACACCGUUAAACGGUAAGUGUUAUCAAUCAAUAUUAAUGACAAGAUGACCUUUCAUUUUUUGAGCAUUUCAUUUUGUGUCAAGGUCAACUAACUUGUACAUUGGUAUAUUGAGAUGAUUCAUUAGAAAACGUUUUAACACUUGAUUGAUUAUACCAUCCUGUCUAUUUGUCCUUAAAUGACUUAAUAGUUACAUCACCAGAGAGAGAUAAAAAUUGGAGAUCGGCUUUCACUGACUGCGUAAUAAAUGAGCAAGAUAUAUUUAAUUCGCCCAAACCUUUUCCUAUCGAUUAAAUUUUGGCUUAAUGUUGAAGUUUCCUAAUUAAUAAAAGAAAAACACUCUGAAGAAUCUUACUAGUUCGUUGGGCAUUGUGAUUUGUGUUUUUGUGCUAAGGUAGAAUUUAUGGUACCUUUAUUUGUUGUGCGAAUAAGGUGAGCUUUUCUUGCAGUCUAAAUAUUAAUGAAGCUGAGUGAGCCAAGUCCGGUGCUAAAUUUCAACUGUUUCAGUCUCAGUAGUUGCAGUGUCAUCCUAAUUUCUACCAAAAACUAAACAAGUUCUAAGGGGAUCUACUCAAAUUCUGAAGCAUACCUUUUGAUCCCUUAAAAAUCUCUGGUCUUCUAUGUAUGUAAACUGUGUCGAUUGAUCAUCUGAAAGCAAUUGCGCCAAACUCGUGGCAGCCAAGGGAAAAGACUAAAACUUUUCACCAAUUUUGCUGACCUGCAGAUAAUUUCAGUCACAGUUCCACGAAAAAGUCGUUUAAACAGAAAAGGUCGCGAAUUUGACGAAACUUGAAGUGUUACUCACACCGGAAUAAUUAUUAAAUAUUUAUCGAGGGAACAUUUCCUGGUAUUGAUAAAGGUAGUCAUUGAAAAAUCAACCAUUUCAAGAAUCCAGCUGGUUUCGUAUGUGAAUUUUAUAUUUGAAAUAUACUGGUUUCUUUUAAUAGUUGUGGUGACAUUGAUAAGUAUGUUUAACGAUAUCACAUUUGGCUUUAGACUGGGAGCUGAAUAGGAUAAUUUGACUUUUAUUGGCCAAACUGACUUUAUUUUUAUAUUAUGACUAAGUAGAGAGAGAGAGAGAUUUCCAUCAUGUAUAAUCCUAUGUUGUAAUCUAUAAAUUUCACCCAAUUCCAUCCUGAAAAAACAAAUAAUUUUUUACCAAUUUAUCUUCCUUUUUAAUCAGUGUCACUAUAGUAUAGUUUUAAAAAUGUACAAAAACUUGAUGAUGAAAAACAUUUUGUCUACUAUCUGGAAUAUUUCUCCCUUGAAAUUAUUAUACCCAGAUGAUGGUUGAUCGUGUCACCUAAAUAUCUUACCGUUUUAUUCUUCCUCUUCAUUUUCUCAUGUUUGUUUUUCAUCACCUACUGACAUGGUUUUAUUUAUUCUUGAACAUUUUCUUAAAUAUGAGGUCAAAUAUUCUUUUGUUUCACAUCUCUUGAUUAACUUGUUUUUUGGACACGUGGGUUAUCACUGCACUUUGAUCUAGACAAACUAUCAGAUUUCUUUUUAUUUGAUCCAUUAGAAACAUUUCAUUAGUUGAGUUAUGUAAAGAAAAAUGUGGAAAAUGUCACUAUUAUUUUUUAUGCAGUCGAUUCACUUGUUUGUUCAUCAAUUAUUAGAUUGUCUGAUGGAAUCGCAAGUCAAGCCAAUAAUUCAUGAUGGGAAUGAAUUGUCAACUCUAUCUAACUGUUCUACAGACAAUGUAAAAAAGUUCCAGACAUUAAUUCAACGACAGACGGAGACUACGAAGCAUUUGAAGCAACUCAAUGGAGAACUGUUGAAGUUAUUACACGAGGAAUGGUCAAUAACCGGAACAGUACCGCCUGGUUACGAAUCUUUGUGCACUGAACUUGGUAUCUGUAAUAAACCUUUAAAGAAUACGUCUUAUCCUUUAUCACACGUACUCGUACAUAAGGCGAGUUCUGUAAGCAUGAAACAAGAAUACUAUACAUUUCUACAGAACAAAAGGAAAUACUCCACUUUGGCAACAAUGAAGCCCACACAAAGACUGUCUAUACGCUCAGAGUCCAGUAGAAUUGAAACGGAACUUGAUGGAUUUCCACUUCCAGAUGAUGAGAUUGCCAAACGUUAUCAGAAAACAACUCGACGUUUAGUUGAAGUAUUCGGUCGUAGUAUCAGUACAGAGCUAUUUCCAAACAAACCGUUACACAAUAUUAUUGAUUCCAAUGAUAUAUGCUCGAAUUCCAAUUCGUCUACAUAUGAUUGUAGUACUAUAAAUCUCCCAUUGGACAAACAGUGUCAUUAUAAAAGAGUGAGAAAUGAUCAUUCAUUAACACCGAUAGAAUAUUAUCACUUGAAUCAUAUGACUGUAAACACAUCAAUAUCUGAUUAUAGUUCAUUCCUGUCAACUGAUUAUUCCCCGACACCUUCUUUGAAAGGUGAUUAUAAAUCCCUAAGGGGUACCGUGAAUAAAAUUGAAGCCUACGACAUACUAUCAGAUUUAUGCAGUAAUUUAUCAACAAAUAUUAAUAAUCAUAAUACAAAUAACAAUCAAAACAUGCAUAAAGUUAAUGAUGAGAGUACCGAUGGAAGCAUAAAACAGAAAGGUUCACUGAAUGAAGGUACCGUUGAAAGUGAGGAACUAGAAUAUGAGCAACAAAGAUUACAACUACUAGAUGGAUGUGAUGAAGAUGAAGAAGACAUCAGACGUGCAACAUAUGAAAUUGAGCUAAGACGCCUUGAAGUAGACUUCGCUGUUAUAUCACAACUGUAUGCUGUACAUAAACAAAGAGCCAAAGAAACUAAGUGUGAAUCUUAUAAAAUUGCAUACAAGUCGAAUUCAAAAAAGUUAAAGGAUAUUACUGAACAGAUGAAUCAUAUCAAAACUGUACUUCUAUCAAAUAACGAGAAGAGUGAAGAUCAAAUGGUUACCCCUGUUAACCGGAGAAUAACACAAAAGCAGAUUUUUAAGCGUCGAAGAAUAUGGAAUCCACUAAAAAUGAGUACUUCAAAUUGGACUGUAACUUGUAGUACAUCACCUAGGCUAUCAAAGCAAGAUGCAUCAAAACUAAAAGGCUAUUCGUCACCGGCCACACCAAACAUUGCUACUAAAAUCUCUAGUCUAUCCACAAAAGUCAACCAGGACUGUUUUACAGAGCUAAGAUCAUCUACAGUUGUAGGAAGAAAGCUACAAAAUGUUCCUCCACGCCACAGUUCCAUCUUACCUUUGGCUAAUUCUCAAGCAUUCCGAAGUCCCGUAGAAUAUUGUAAUUCGUCAGCAAAACAAGAAUAUGAAGGAUGUUCUGAACCUUCGAACUGUAGGAGAGUGACAAAACAAUCUCCAACAAAACUAGAAUCAAAUAAAUGCUGUCUUCCAGAUCUUGCAGAGGCAUUCAGUGUAACACCCAUUAAAGAAGAUGUACCGGCUGAACGCAGACUUUCAAUCCUCGCACCUGAGAGUACUAUAAGUACGAUUUCAAGAGAGGACAAUAAUCACCAUUCGGCUCAACCAACUACAAUCAACCCACUGGUAACAACUUCGCUAGACAGAAAAAUCAUGUCACCAUCUAAAAGUCGAACUGUAAUUUCUUCCGUUCAAGAUCGGCGUAAAAAAUAUGCCGUCAAAACACUCAAGCGUUCACAAUCACUAUCGUCAGAACUAUUUAUUCUGUCUGUUGAUGAUACAUGUAGUCUGCCUCGUGUUCUGAUGAAUAAGAUAGCACGUAUACGAUCCCUGCCCCAUUUCAACACAGAAAGAACCGGUUCUGAUGAAUACUUUCUCAACCAAACAAAGGUCAAGAAUAGUGCUGUCCCUGAAAGUUAUUCAGUUGACGGAAAACUAAUGAGCCUCAAAAUGCAACCAACAAGUACCACCACACAGUCUUCUGGUAUUGGUUUAAACAAUUCGUCUGCGUCCGUGACAUACAGAGAUAAUUUGAGGACAUCAAAUUCAAACUGCCUUAAAUGCGUACCUAAGAAGGUAACUUCAUCAAACACUUCUUCGUCUAACUGGUCAUCAUCAGGCUGUUCCUGUUUAUCUUCUCAAACAACAAAUUCAUCUCCAUAUGAAGAGAUUGCUUCAAAGCCAAAUUGCGACAUUAGCACCAAACUAAACCAGGGGAUGUGUCUUUUUAACGAAGUAAACCCAGCCGACUCAGAUGAAAAUGCUAAUACACCUGUAGCACAUAAUUUGGCAAAAACUAUAGAAGCCAAAGUUUUAUUAAGGAGGUCUGAAGAAAGAGGGAGAAGAAUCCCUGUCUCUCUUACAGAGGUCACUGGUACGCAGGCUUUUGGGAUGUCACUAUCUGCUAAAUGCAUCUGCAGUUGUUUAUUGGAAAAUGGCCACAUGGACUUGCAAACUUGCCAAUGUUCUCGUUCGGAGUAUCUUAUUAUGAAUAAUACCCCUUCAAGUGUAAGUACUGUAGCGUCUUCUGACCUAUUUGAUCAUGACAAACAGAAACCGGUGUCUUUGCUAACAUCUGUUGGUUAUAAUGAUACAACUCAAUCAAUUAGUCUGGCCGGUGAUGAGCGACUUCACUCAAAAUUGCAUUUAAACUGUUUUUCUUUACAAAACUCAAGUAAUUAUGAUGGAUUUCAGGAAAAUGAAGAAAGUUCUGCUUUUCAAACUCCUACUAAUCUACAUGCAAUCGAAUCAACAACAAAACGUACAAGCAGUAGCCAAUUAGGACGCUUGAGCUUAAAACCUUUAUCCAUGAUAAGACGUGCAGUUUCAAAAGUUGCAACACACUCAGAACGCCGUUCACUUAAUUCAAACUCAUCUUUGGUAAUGCAUCAGAAAACAAAGCGUAUUACAGGUCCAACGUUACUCCCAUCUUUGGCGACAGAAAGAUUGAAAGAUAUGAAUCCAAUAAUCAGGAGUAAUGAGGAGAGUAGAAGAGUCAAAUAUUCAGUUAACGAGACUCAAGAUUCAUGUAGUUUAUCGUCUAAUUCAACUUUUAAUGCUACUAGUAGUGGUAAGUGCAGUAACUCUAGUGCAUCUCGUUUCACAUGGGCAAGAAAACUUCGACAUUCGAUACGUCCAUCACACAAAUGUACCAACUAAAGAUGUGAACAAAUUUCUUUGUACAAAGUCCAUAUAUUCUGUCUAGUUUCACCUGUGAUCAGAUGUUCCAAUUAUCAUUAUUCUCAUUAUUACUGAUGUUAUGAUGACAGCUGAAAUCUUACUAAAUUUAUUCCGUAGCUCAGAUUUGAUUUCAGUCACUACAUUGACUACACUGUCAUUCUUUCAUAUUCACUAGUCACCUUGUGAAAUUCACUUCAAUCCCCAUACGGCGAAAUCUUAUUCACUAAUACGUUACAAUUUUUUUCACUGAGAAACCAAUAUUUGUAUAGACAUUUAUAAAAGAAUACUUGGAUUGUAUUAUAACACUGAACUUAUUUGCUUUGGAUUUAUAAUUAUUGAUCAUGAUAGUUAUUUUAUAUUUUGAUUUAUCCCUACUUCUUUUUUCUAACUAAACAAAGAAAGUGUUUGUGAUUAAAUU